GAUGUUUUUUUGCCACCUGCUAUAAACUCCGAAGAAGACGAAGAAUACAGGAAGUCUGUGAAUGGAAACUGAAAGCAAUAAUCUCAGACAUUUGAAAAAGGCAGGUCUGACGUUCUGAGUAGAGCAGCUUGCAGUCUGUGUACCUUCGGCAGGUUGAAGAAUAACAGAACAUCUGGGUCCCCUGAGCCCAGACAGACCCAGAGGAGGACACCUGGUUCACCUGAGCACAGGCCGACUGAGGAUCGCUGCAGAUGGCCGGGUUUCUGGAUAACUUCCGCUGGCCGGAGUGGGAGUGCAUCGACUGGGGGGAGAGGAGGAAUGCUGUGGCUUCUAUCGGGGCUGGAGUUCUGUUCUUCACAGGCUGGUGGAUCAUGAUCGAUGCAGCAGUGACGUAUCCGCUACAGGAGCAGAUGAACCACGCCUUCCACACCUGCGGCGUCUUCUCCACCAUAGCCUUCUUCAUGAUCAAUGCGGUGUCUAACGGCCAGGUGAGAGGAGACACGUAUGGAGAGGGCUGUCUGGGCAGGACAGGAGCUCGUCUCUGGUUGUUUAUCGGCUUCAUGAUGAUGUUUGGCUCGCUCAUCGCCUCCAUCUGGAUCCUGUUUGGAGCAUACGUGGUGCCCAAGAACCAAGUGGCUCCUGGUUUGGCUGUGUUCUUUCAGAACGCCUUCAUCUUUUUCAGCACACUCGUCUACAAGUUUGGCCGCACUGAAGAUCUAUGGGGGUAGAUGGUGUAUUUUAACAAACACAGGCACACACACUGACAGUGAGUGUUGUGGGUCUUUUUUACUGGAUCGCUUCAUGUUUCCUGCUGUAAAAUGUUUGUUUGUGUUCAAACUGUUUCUGUGUCUUCACAAGAAAUAAUUGAAAGCCUGUAUUUUAGAUAAGGGACUUCAUAUUUGUAUAUUUAUUUAAGAUGUUUCAGUCUAAACGCACUGAAGUCAGUCAGCUGCUCAAACUGGUCCACACCUCACUGGAGUAUUAUGUUUUAGAGAACAGGUUUGUGUUACCUGUCGACAGGUGUGCAUCUGUGUUACCUGUUGACAAGUGUGCGUUUGUGUUACUUGUUGAGAGGUGUGCUUUCCUGUAACCUGUUGACAGGUAUGCGUUUGUGUUUCCUGUGGAAAGGGCGGUGCUUGACUAACCUGUCAACAGGUGUGCAUUCCUGAAACCUGUCGAUAGGUGUGCGUCUGUGUUUCCUGUCGACAGGUGUGCGUCUGUGUGCGUCUGUGUUUCCUGUCAGCAGGUGUGCGUCUGUGUCUCCUGUUGACAGGUGUGCGUCUGUGUCUCCUGUCGACAGGUGUGCGUCUGUGUCUCCUGUCGGCAGGUGUGCGUCUGUGUUUCCUGUCGACAGGUGUGCGUCUGUGUCUCCUGUCGGCAGGUGUGCGUCUGUGUCUCCUGUCGGCAGGUGUGCGUCUGUGUCUCCUGUCGACAGGUGAGUCUCUGUCACUCUGUUUCAGGGUCAGAUGUCAUUAAGGUGUUGCUGUCUUGCCGCUCUUGUUUUUGCUGGCCAUGUAACUUAAGAUGUAAGAACUCAUGUUUUUUUUCUGUACAGAUAAACUUUAGUCAUUUUAAGACAUUUUAAGUAUUUAAGAUUAGAACAAAGUGAAGCAGACUGCUGUAGUUUCAGUAUUUUACAGAGGAUUUGAUCCUCUGGAUUUUCACCUUUAGACACAGAAAACAUUUUUUUUAUCGUGCCACAAAGUUUUGACCUGCAUAGAAGAAAAAUGAGGACAAAAAUGAGGUUGUGGGAUUCAGGGUUUUAUCCCGUCAUCUUUGUAAUCAGUAGUCUCAUUUGUAAAGAGCUCGAAACACAUGAAAUAAAGAAAAGCCUGUUGGAAAAUA